UGGUGGGGUACAGUGGCGGUUUUGGAGGCUGCGUGGCGUCUGGUGGUCUGGCAACACCGCUUCUCUCUCUCCCGCUCUCAAGCUCAGUCUGGUUCUGUCCACCAACUCGCGCGUGCGGUCACCAGCCUUAACCUACACACCAGCGGUCGCUUACUUAGUCUUGUAUGUUAAGGCACACGUUUAGCGAAUUGUGUGUGUAUGUGAGUGUGUUUAUACGCUUUAAGCAUAUAUACGACGCCUAGUAAAAUGAAGAUAUAUUUUUGUGGCACUUGAAGAACUUUAUUGUCUGGGCGACGACAAGUCAAAGAACAAAAUAAUUUUUCUUUGUGAUGAAAAUUUGGACAAGUCUGGUGAGAAUUACUUGAAGUAAGUUUUAGUGAUGUGGUGUCAUGUGAGGGUCGUGAUGAAGCACCGGCCAGCUGUGUGGCAGUAAAUAUCCCUCCUCUCUAACUCUCACGAUUGUCUAAUAUUUCUCAGACAUCAAACUAAAUUUACAAUAUCAAACCACUGUAUAUCGAAAUACAACCGGAAUAUAUUUCAAGAGGAAGGCAAGAUUUUUGCAAACCGUGUGUAAAAAAAAAAAUGAAAUUCUUAGUCAGUCAAAGUCAUUGCUGGAAAACAAACUCUGAAAAUAAACUUGUGAUUAAAGAAAAAAAUAAUAAAGUAACCGAAGAAAAGGUAACUCUGGAGAGAAGUGGCUAUUGCUCUUCUUGCACACACAUCUUCCUCCUGCUGGGUGUGGCGGCUGUCAUUCAAGGCGGGCUGUGCGGGCAAAUGACAGAUCUGCAGACCUUGACAGACCUGCAGAUCUUGGAUAACCUCCUCACGACGUACGACCGACGUGCGACGCCGACGAACCAUCUCAACGAUGCGACUACGGUGUCUUGCGAACUCUACAUUCGGAGUUUCGGCUCGAUCGACCCCUCGUCCAUGGACUACCAGGUGGACAUCUACCUGAGACAGACGUGGGUGGACGAGCGCCUCAACCACGACAACAUCACCCAACCGCUGGACCUUAACGACCCCAACCUAGUGAAGGCCAUUUGGAAGCCUGAGGUCUACUUCCCCAACGCCAAACACGCUGAGUUUCAGUUCGUCACAGUACCUAACGUGCUAGUUAGGAUCAACCCCAAGGGCGUCAUCUUCUACAUGUUAAGGUUGAAGCUGGUGUUCUCGUGUAUGAUGGAGCUGUCAGCCUUCCCCCUCGACUCCCAGGUGUGCACCAUGGAGGUCGCCAGCUUUUCUAAGACGAUGAAGGAGUUAAGUCUACAGUGGAAGGCGGAGGGACCCGUCAAGAUGUACAAGGAUCUCCGGAUGCCACAGUUUGAGAUUAAUGGCAUUGUGGCCACCACCUGCCAGGAGAGCUUCCAGAUAGGUAACUACAGCUGUCUAGUGGCGGAGUUCCACAUGCGUCGCGCCAUCGGCUUCCACCUAGUACAGAGUUACCUGCCCACCAUCCUCAUCGUGGUCAUCUCGUGGGUCUCCUUCUGGAUGGAUGUUGACUCCGUGCCCGGCCGAACUACCUUGGGCGUCACCACUCUCCUCACUGUCUCUUCCAAGUCCUCAGGAAUCCAGGGGGGGCUACCUCAAGUGUCCUAUGUGAAGGCCAUUGACGUCUGGAUGGGAGCCUGUACAGCUUUCGUGUUCUGCGCAUUGCUGGAGUUUACUCUGGUCAAUUACCUGUGGCGUAAACGACCUGGCGGUGCUGGAGGUAGUGAGAGCGGGUCGUCAGGAGGCGGCAGUAGAAGGCUUGGGGGACCCUGCAACGGCUUCAGAAAUAAUGAAGGUGAAAGCAGCAGCGGCAACAUCCUGGGCGCCGCCACACUUACGGGAGGAAAGACCACACCGGAGGAGCUGAGUACCUUGCCUGUCCAGUUCGUACAAGCUCUCACCCAGACCAACAAGAUGAAGGCUCGUAGGAUCGAUGAGUGGUGUCGAAUCCUCUUUCCGACUGCAUUUGGACUCUUCAACGUGUGUUACUGGUGCUACUAUCUUAUCUAGGGGACCAGUUUAACAUGUGUUACUGGUGUUACUAUCUUACUAGGGCACCAGUUCAACAUAUGUUACUGGUGCUACUUUAUCUAGAGCGUCAGUUCAACGUGUGGUACUGGUGCUACUAUCUUAUCUCGAACCUUCAGUAAAUCUACUUUUCAUGCUCGUCACUAAGCAAUUGUGUACGAAAUUUUGGUCACCUGUUAGUGGUGAGGCUCCUCUCCCUUGCCACACUCUCUCUCACUCAUUAUCACUAAGGGUGUCUAUAAAUGAUUACCCUAAAAACAGUAUGCUCUCAUGCUUUAAUCAGGGUAAUCAUUUAUGGACGCCCUGUAUAUUAACGAAACACGUACCACCAUCUAAGAUUGAGCUUGGAAUUUAGACUUUUAUUGCCCGAACUCUUCCGUUUUAUUACUAUUACUUAUUAUGCACGAGGAACCUCAUAGCAAUGAUACAUGUAUAAGUGGUGUAACCCAGUACACAUGUAACUGUUGUAAUACAAUACAUACAGGUAUGUAACAGUAUUGACAUAAUGCACAAUGAAUGUACUGUGUAACACAAUGCAGUCUCAGCACUGUUGUUUGUCAAAAGCUUACAAACAAACGAUUAUACUUACGACUAAUAAUUCUUAUAGUUGCUGUUUGUAAUGCUUAGGAUAUUCAGCGCUACUGUCAUGUAGUUCCCCACCUGCAGUUUUAUUUGCGUCUCUGUAGGAUUCAAUUAUAUAACAAUAUUCAAAUUAAUUCAUUCAAACCUAUAAGUGAAUAUAAAGCAUAUAAGAUUUAUUCAUGAUCUUGUUGCUCAGAAUAUUUUAUGUUUGCUCCUUUACUUUAAUAAUAUCCAGCUGUUUAUUGAUUUCAUUAAUUUUUCUUCCAGUCAAUGAAACACAUUUUUUAUGAGGGUUGCUGAAUCUCUCAGACAUAUAACUUUAAGUUUAUAAUUUUUCAUAGAAAAUGUAAUGAGAUUAAAAGCGGUGAGCCCCAUAGAGAUUAAAACGCUGGAUGGUUAAUAUAAACCUUUGAAAAAUGUUUUAUACGUAGAGCCCCCACAAUGGUAUCUUGAUUAAAUGGUUGAGCAAUAAACCAAUAACCAGGGAUGUGGGACAUAUUGCUUGGGAGAAGUGAGGGAACAAUGGUACAAUUUUUUCACUCAACACCUAACAGGAAAAUAUGACGAGUGGCAUUUGAUAAGAUAAAUUUUCCACAGUUAUCCCGAGCAGUGUGUAAAACAAUACAAUUGAGGGAAAAGGAGGAAAAGAUGCGAAAAUUGUAUAACAUCAUUUAAUUGUGAUAAAAAGAGAGGUGCAACUGGUAUAUGAGGCGUUGGUUGCUUCCCUUACGCGAGAGGUUAGAUCCCACAUUAUAAACUAUCCAUAACACUGUUAUUGGGCGAAGGUUAACUGAAUGAUUCACAAAAGGUCCUUAAUUUUUAAGGGAGUUGAACAAAGAACUCUUGGGGUAUAUCAAAUUACUUUCCUGCUGCGUAUGACUAAAACCACACAAACGAUGCACGUCAUUGGUCCACCUGCACACGAUUUACGCAUCAGGAGCUCAAUUCAGCUCUGCCGAAGAAGGCCUCUUCAGUGAUCCUCUGCCUUAGCCUACAAUUUUCCAGGACUGUUGAGUCAUGAAAAUCUUUGAUGUUAUUAACCUUUGAUGAUGAUAGUUCAAUUCCCUGAGGAUACUAGCAUAAAUUAUCAUCCUUAAAACAAUUAUAACAAAAACCAACGCCAACAAAGGUUAAUAAUAAUACAAAUAUUUCAUGGGUCAGUUUUCCUGUUUUUUUAAUAAGUAACGAGAAUAACAAUACUUCUCGUCAAAAUUGUCAUCAACUGUAGUAGGUUACGUGUUGAUGUACUGACAACUUAAAUACAAAGUUACUAAUCACCGACUCAUGAUCCUUCCCGGUCACGCACCUCCUCUGAGGCUUGUUGUCACCUGUUUUUAUUCAGGUUAAUCACUCUUCUGUGUAUUUUGCACACUGGAUAUUUUUUUCAUGUGGAUUAUGAUCUUGUGUGUCGUGUAACGUUGCUAUGUUAAUAUUUUGACAAAUUUACGAUGCUCUGUUUUAUAGUACAUAAAUAUAUACCGACUAGUUAUUAUCGAGAUGACUUUCUGGCAAAACUGAUGACAAGAACACACGCCUGAGUUUUGUUAUUAAUAAUAUUUGUUGAAGACUAUCAUGUCUUAGUGUACUGGAAGAGUGUUACCAUUGUGUUACAAGUAGAGAGGAAACACCCUUAAAUCUUGACUCACAGAGCACUUGGCUCAAUAUAUAAUGAUACACCUUGAUAAGACACAUAAUGGAGCACAAAUAUAUAUUGAACGGCAGUAAAUUCUGGAUUUUUUUUAUUUUUACAUUACUAUUACCACAAGCAAAGCGUUGGAUCAAGGAGUUGUCUUUACAUAAAGCUUUUCUCCUCACCUUUCAACGUGCCUCAUCAGUCGUUACCACCUGCUUCCUAAAUAUCAAAGCUCUACUAAAUGACUUUUUAAGAGUCAAUUCACCGAGCUUGGUAAAUUUUGUUCGUUCAUACAAUACAUAAUAUUUACAUUAUCGUGAUUUUACAAACAUAAAAAAUGUUUUGAUCAGAUUUUAACAAAGAGAAGUGGGCAUCAGAAUAAAUCUUACACCCUGUAUAUAGAACGCUUUAGAGAGAUUAUAGCCAUGUUACUAGCUUUGCUAAAAUAGUUGACACACAACUCCAUUGUGACAACCAAGCAAGUAGUCAUUAACGUACUCUUUAAGUGAUCCCAGUAAACAGUAAAUAAGUAUGGUGAUAACAGUCCGUCUUGCUUUACCUCUGAUAGGAGCAGCAAAUGUUUCUUCUGUGUACUGAAACUCCAGACUUAAGCACCAAAUUACUAGUAACUUCACAAAAAAAAAAUAUGUCACC